GGGCACCCACACACCCGCACCGUCGGUCCUCGUGCACUCUUCAAGCUCUUCGAACUGCUGUCAGGAGUACAUCCCUGCGUACAGUUUCUCGAGAGCGACAGCCAGCGCCGAAGAGUUUGCACUUCUUCCAUCUCAGAUCCGACCAUAAUUCCAACCACCGUUCCUCUUUCUUGAACUCGAUACAUCGACCAAGCAAACUCUAACAAUGGGGCGGCUUAUGACAGUCGCGACUUGCUCGCUCAACCAGUGGGCCCUUGACUGGGAGGGGAACCUUAAGCGUAUCAAGGAAUCCAUCGUGUUAGCGAAGGAACAAGGAGCGACUCUGCGAGUCGGGCCAGAGCUUGAAGUGACCGGCUACGGCUGCCUGGAUCACUUCUUGGAGAAUGAUGUCUACCUCCACUCAUUCCAGAUGCUGCGAGCAAUACUUGAGGAUAGGACACUCGACGGUAUAAUCAUCGACUUGGGCAUGCCAAUCAUACACCGAAAUAAUCGAUUCAACUGUCGUGUGCUAAUCUUGAAUGGGAAAAUCCUGCUCAUACGCCCGAAGCUCUAUCUCGCGAAUGAUGGAAACUAUCGAGAGAUGCGCUACUUCAUCCCUUGGCUUCGCCCUCAACAUAUUGAAGCAUAUUACCUACCAGAGAUGAUUGCGGAAGUUGUAGGAGUACGGACCGUCCCAAUCGGCGACGCCGUCAUCAGCUCCUUGGACACCUGCAUCGGCUGCGAAACAUGUGAGGAACUGUUCACGCCGCGGAGCCCACACAAUGACAUGGGAUUGAAUGGGGUCGAGAUCUUCACUAAUUCUUCGGGCUCCCAUCAUGCCUUACGAAAGCUCGAUACACGCAUCAGUUUGAUCCUCGAGGCGACCCGCAAGAAUGGAGGCAUCUAUCUAUACGCGAACCAACAAGGAUGCGAUGGUGACAGGCUCUAUUAUGACGGAUGCGCCAUGGUGAUCGUGAACGGGGAGAUUGUCGCACAAGGAUCGCAAUUCUCUCUAAACGAUGUUGAGGUUGUCACCGCGGUCGUCGACAUCGAAGAGGUCCGAAGCUAUAGGUUUGCGCCUGCCCGUGGUCUUCAAUCCCUAACUUCGCCUGCAUACGAGCGCAUCGAAGUAGACUUCGCGUUGUCCAGCUCAAAAGGAGAUUUUGAUCCAGAUGUUGUUCUCAAUAGGUCGCAAUCGCUCCGAGUACAUGCUCCAGAGGAGGAGAUAGCCUUGGGUCCGGCUGCAUGGUUGUGGGACUAUCUGCGACGCAGCAAAGCCAGCGGCUUUCUUAUACCACUAUCAGGCGGCAUAGACAGUUGCUCGACCGCUACGCUCGUGUUUAGUAUGUGUCGUAUGGUCAUGGAUGCCUUGAAGAGCGGGAACGAGGUCGUCAAAACCGACGUCGCCAGGGUAGCUUCCUGGGGCCAAGAGGAUUGGUCGCCCAAGACCCCCCAAGAGCUUUGCAACCGUCUUCUAGUCACGGUCUAUAUGGGCAUGGCCACUCAGUCCUCGCAAGAGACCCGCGACCGUGCACAGCAUCUCGCAGAAGCGAUUGGAUCCUACCACAUUGACAUGAACAUCGAUGAUGCGUAUAAGGCGGAGCGCGACUUGCUCACGCAAGCCACUGGGUUCACUCCCAAAUUCAAGGUUUACGGUGGCAGCAAUGCUGAGAAUCUUGCACUGCAGAACAUACAAGCCAGAAUAAGGAUGGUCACCGCUUAUUACUACGCCCAGAUGAUUUGCACAGUCCGCGAGAGGCCCGGGGGCGGAUCGCUACUUGUUCUUGGCUCAGGAAACGUUGACGAAUGUCUGCGAGGAUAUUUAACUAAAUAUGAUUGCUCGUCCGCCGAUAUCAACCCCAUUGGAAGUAUCUCGAAGGUAGAUUUGAAGCGCUUCAUUCACUGGGCGACGGCGAAAUUCGACCUGCCGAUCCUCCAAGAGUUCCUUGACGCCACUCCAACUGCAGAACUUGAGCCGAUCACAUCAGACUACGUCCAGUCAGACGAAGCGGAUAUGGGAAUGACCUACCAUGAGCUCUCAAUCUUCGGACGUUUGCGAAAAGAGCGCAAGCUUGGUCCCUACGGCAUGUUUGAGCGCCUCCUCCACGACUGGCGUGACCAAUACACCCCCCGCGAAGUCGCUGACAAGGUCAAACGCUUCCAUCACUUCUACGCAAUCAAUAGGCACAAAAUGACAACGAUGACACCUGCCUAUCACGCAGAGGAGUAUUCCCCAGACGACAAUCGUUUCGAUCUCCGCCCUUUCUUGUACCCGCCCUUCUUCGAAUCCUGGAGCUUUAAGAAGAUCGACGAGCGGGUCGAGCAGAUCGAGAAGAAGAAGGAAAAGACCGGUUCGAAGUAAAUCUGGGUUGAGCUGACCGAGGAGUCCGCGCGGUGCUGAGCGGGAUGGCUAUGGGAGAUGAUGUGUAGUUUCAGACACUCUAUUAGCGGACAUAGUAAGAGAUUAUUCUCCGCGGUUUACGAGUCAGAAAAUGCAUGUAGCAUGAUAUUACGCG